UUGAAAAGCGACGACCACGCGAAAUCGUUCUCGACUCUUGCUUCGCAGUCUUCCAUCCAACCAUCGUUAAGCUAGUCCUUUACUGCGAUCCGACUCGACGAUACAGCUACUUCACCCGAUGCGCUAAUUGCGUGGCUGCUCAGGCAGCGGCGCUCCGUGACAAGUUGUAAUGCCGCGCCCGCUCGAGUUGAACCGUGAGUGCUCGAUCUCGAGCAAUUUCAUACUUAUGGACGCGCUUAGCUAACUCUGACAGGCUGUCAAAAGUGCCGAUCAGCCAGAGUCAAGUGUGACGGCCGACGACCGAGAUGCGGACGUUGUGAGCGAGGUGGCCGUGACUGUCACUGGAUCAAGGCGGCUUCAUCAACAUCUCCUCCUCACACUCCUUCACAACCUUCCUACCGUGGUACUGACUACACCUCGACCCAGAAUCCCGGGAUUGCCUUACAAGAUCCUCUGGCCGCCAAGAUCUUCCGCCACUACAUGGACAAACUAGCGGGAUGGUACGACUUGAACGACAGCAGGCGUCAUUUCAUUGACGUUGUUCCGGUCCGUGCCCGAUACAAUCCGCUUCUUCUGAGCGCUAUUCUUGCCUUUGCUGCGGCUCAUCAACAUCGGACUCUCGGUGAAGACGAGUAUCUUGAGAUCGCCGAGUUCUAUCACUACGACAGCGUCCGGCGCUUGAUAUCUCUCACGCGGAAUGUGGAUGAGCUACCGAUUGGAGAAUCCCUUGCGGCGAUAUGCCUGCUCCGGUCUUACGAGAUCAUCACCCAAAACGUCAGCUCCCAAAGCCACCUUCAAGGAUGCUACUCCAUUUUAGCGAAUCGCCACGUCCACCUCACCACAGACCUGCUCAGCGCCGGGUUCUGGAACUACCUGCGAGAAGACAUUACCGCGUCGCUCAUUGAACACCGAAGUCUUAUGAUUGAUCUCUCAUCGCAACAAAUCUCUCUAGAUGCAGGCGAAGAAGGUCAGGGAGACGAUGCAGACCACGCCAACCGUGUUACAUUCCUCCUUGGCAAGGUCAUAAAUCGCUGCCUGGCAGUCGACUCUCCUGCGUUGACAUUCGAAGAGUGGGAAGUGAUGAAAGCGGAGCUGAACAACUGGAAAAACUCACUUCCGCCAUCGUUCGAGCCGAUACGAACGCCGGGCUUGAGAAAGGGUGUUGCGUUUCCGCAAAUUUGGACUAUUCGAGAUUGGCAUGUAUCGAGUCUCCAUUACUACCACACAGCCAUGUCGAUCCUCUGGCUUGCCGAGCCCCAGCCUGAACCCCUGAAUAGCUUCCAACGCGCCAGCAAGAUGAAUAGCCUACGUUCCAGAUUAGACUACCACGCCACCGAGGUUUGCGCCUUGGCCAUCUCCAGUGACUCCGCCGCUGUAUGGGUAAAUGCAUUCGGUCCAAUCGCCUUCUGUGGGCCUUGGCUGCAAGACUCGGCGAAGCGGAAGGAAAUCAAGGGAGACAGCGAAAAAUGGGCGAAGAUGACUGGGUGGCCGGUUUCGACGACGCCGGAUGCGCUUGCUGGUUCGCCCUUGGGGACCGAUCAAUGAGUGUACUGGGAUUGUUCGCUCUUUGGAUUUCAAACAGCGGUUGGGCGGUACUAGGCACUUUUGCUGAUCCAUACCUGCAACGUUAUGUAAGGCAUACGAAUCAGUGAUGUACAAUAGCUUAGAUCAAGACGGUUGGAUUAGCGAUUGUAGUGGAUAUUUUGAUGACAUGCAUCGUGACCAUCGACGUGCUUGAACACAGAUGAGGUUUGAUUUGGCAGGUCUUUGGAAGCAUUCCUAGCGGCUGAAGCUGUUAGGCAAGGAUAUAUUGAGGUAUUCCGCGAUUUUUCAGCUUUUUGGAGCUACCUAGAUAUGGGUCAUUCUGUGCCUACGUUUUGUAGUGCUUAUACGAAGGCUUCUCUGUACUACUGCGAGAAACUUCGCUAGUCAAAUCUAAUUCCGUG